UGUAUGGCGGCUGGAGAGCCGAUCACUCUCAGUUGUUCUUCAUGUAAAAACAGUUACCCUGACCAAUAUAUGGAUAGUGAUCUCUACAGAAGUUAACAUAAAUGCCUGAGAAAGAAGUUUUACUGCCAUUGGAGUUAUGGCGGGUUGUAUUAAAGCACCUUUCAGUGCAAGAUUUGUGUCGAUGUUCGCAAGUUUGCCAAGAAUGGAGAGAGCUUGUGAAAAGUUUAGAUUCCACCCGUUGGAAAGAACUUUUCUUGGCGUCCAAGCGUUGGAAACAUCCUAACUGGCCAAAUUACACACAAAAAGAACCAUCUUCAUGGAAGGAUACAUAUAAGACUCAUUAUAUGGCUUCGAAACAAUGGGUGAACAGGAGUGUAGAAGUUCGCUGUGCUCCUUGCUUAUAUUUGUUUAGAAGAAGGCUCGAAAGACGACGUGUUCUCCGAGUAGGACGUGGAAGAGAAUUUCUGACCAUCAAAAGCGCAAUAGCAGCUGCAGCGCCUUUUGACUGUUUACUUCUUAAUGCUGGUGUGUACGACGAACAGCAUGUACUGAGCGUAAAGUUUCCGAUCGAGAUUUGUGGUGAAGGACAACUGGGAGAUGUUCAUUUACAGAUUCCUAUUGAACAACAAGCUUCAACAACACGGAUUCAAAAUAUUAUUCUACAACCCGGUGUACAGAGAUCACAAAACCCCCUUCCUGUUAUUUUGAAGGUUGGAACUGGACAUGUUCAAUUGGAUAAUUGUGUUUUGGAACAUGGUCAGGUUCAAGUGUCAUCACCUGGGAGCAUUGUCAUUCGUUACUGUACAUUCAAUAAUGCUUUUGUUACACUGCGCUCUGUUGGCUACAGCAGAAUUGAGAAUUGCAAGUUUAGCACAGAGGAAACCUCUGCUGUCAUUAUUGAAGGACUGCCACCAAUUUCAAGACCUAGGCCGAUAUCCAGACCUGUUGAUGACUGGAUGGUGUCCAAUGGUAUUGACUCUCUUGGUCUUGAAGACUUGUAUGACCUGUCAGUUGUUGAUGGGGAGGUGGGGGCACGUAGUGGUCUAAAAGCAAUUCCUGACAAAGGUUUACAGCCACUAAAUAGCAAAUGUCCUCCAGUUGUUACAAAGAGGAUUGACAGUCAGUCUAAAGGUUUCAAUAGCAGCCAAUUGACUGCUCUGACUGGUGACACCUGCCAAUCCAGAAAUCCCCAAAGUGUUGGCUGUGAUUCCUGUCCAAGGCGAUACUACUUGGAUACACAAUGCCGUGACAUUGUUAGGUCCAUACAUGGUUGUAUUAUUAGAAAUAACUGCUUUUGUGUUGGCAAGGGAGCAGUACUUGUCAGACGCAGGGGACAUGCCUGGAUUGAAGGAAAUGAAAUUGGCCGUUUGUCACAUGGUGUGAGAUGUCUUACAGGUGCAAAAGUCAUCAUUUUGAACAACAGAAUUCACAAUUGUGGAACAUCUGGGAUAUUUUUUAGGGAGAGAUCCACUGGUUUAGUUGCUGGAAACCACAUUUAUGGAAAUAAAGAAGCUGGAGCAGACAUACGAAGUGGCUCAGAUCCAAUUUUACAACACAAUCAUAUUCACAGUGGGAAACGAUCUGGAGUGGUCAUCUUAGAUCGUGGCAAAGGUGUCAUAAGGGACAAUGACAUUUAUGACAAUAAAGAGGCAGGAGUCUAUAUUCUUUAUAGAGGAAAUCCCAUUGUCAAGCACAACAGAAUUUGGGCAGGCCGUGCAGCAGGUGUGGCAGUCACAGAAGAAGGAAGAGGUCACAUCCUCUACAAUGACAUCUGUGGCAUGGAGUGGGGAGGUGUUGAUAUUCGUAAUGGUGGCAACCCUGUGGUCACAAACAACUGGAUCAGGGAUGGGCAUGCUGAUGGCAUUGUCAUUGGAGAGGGUGGUAAGGGAGUCAUCAUGGAUAAUGAUAUUCGAGGCAACAGUGGUUGUGGGGUCUGGAUCUUAACUGUGUCUAAACCACUCAUCUAUGGAAAUCGUAUUGUGGACUGCGGUGACAGUGGAGUGGCACUUGUCAGUAACAGUGAUCUUCACCAUGACAACCAACAACUCAGCUCACAAUUUGCACAGUCAGAGCAAGAGGAACAGCAAGUUCAGCCUCUGUUCUUUGAUGAAGAUUUGUCAUCUACAUCAAACUUUGAGGACCAUGAGCAAUCAAUUGACAUGAACGGUCCUCGACCAGAUAAAAAUUUCGCGUGCGUUGAUAAUAACACAAUCUUCGACAAUGCAGGACAUGGGAUCCAUUUUUCCGGAAGUGAGGGUCUGCUCAUCCGGGGUAAUAACGUUUAUAACAACGAAGGUUGCGGUAUUAGCAUCGCCAAGCCAGCGGAGAUUACCAUUCAAGAUAACAGUGUUUGUAGGAACAACAGCUCAGGUGUCUGCAUUGAAAUUGGCUGUGCUGCCAAUGUCAGCGGUAAUGGUAUCUAUGGAAACCGAAAGCAUGGUAUUAUUGUGUCUGGUAAAGGUCUAAUUAAAGAAAAUGACGUGUUUUGUAAUGCAAUGAGUGGUGUUGAACUCCGAGGACCAGGGGACCCUUACAUUACUCGAAACCGCAUCCAAUCCACGGAUAACUAUGGGGUGAAUAUUCUGGAAAAUGCGCGUGGGUACGUGGACAGCAAUGAUAUCUAUCAGUGCACUUCGCCAGGAAUAUAUCAACACCCAGACAGCACAGUGCUGGUUAUAAAUAACCGUAUUAUUCCAGUUAAUAAUGGCCGUCAAGUCUGUGUUUUUAACCAAGAUACCAAUGAAUGUAGUCAUAACCCCGAGGGACUUGAACUGGAUUCACCUCCUCGCCCCUUAUUGCCUAAUAAGGAGAACAAAUUUCCCAGGCCUCCCGUGUCUCGUUUGUCAAUGUCAUCCUCUGGAAAUGGUCAUAUAGUGGCUGGGAUGGCCUCGUGUCAUGGACGGAGCCGGUUUUGUGUCAUUUCUUGAUGAACAUUUUCCCUCGGGGGAAUGGAACGUACGUAAGAUUUUCCGCAACAAGCCAUAGUAUAUUGUAUAAAAUCUAGUGUAUUGUUUAUACUAGAUUGUAGGUAGUAUAUUUUCCAGAAAAGAUAUCAUAGUAGCUAAUGUAGUUGUUGGUCCGUGAACGUAUAGACUGGUUUACAGCCUAGGUAGGGAACCUCUAUCAUAAUAGAAAUUCCUCGUCGACUCAUCGUACCUUCCUCUUACAAGACUUUCGGUGAUCUUCGCCACCUGCACAUUCAUUCACUGAGUGUAUUAUAACUGAUAAAUUGUUAAAUUAACUUUAAUAGACAGUUGCAUCUACUUUUCUUAUGUGUGAAGCUUUUCAAUCAAUAAUGUUAACUUCGACAACGCAGUUUAUCCCCUGUGCUUCUCAUAAGGCUUUACAAGUAAAAAAUAAAUGAUGGAGUAAUAAAUAUUAUUGAGGAGUAAGAAUAAAUAAAAUCUUGCUUGUAAACAACGUAAA